AUGGAUUUUAGCCACCCUUCAGUACUUCUUCUCUCCAUUUUCCUUUUCCUACUUCCUUCUUUGAUCUCAUCUCAAAUCUGCCAGAGAAACUGUGGCAAAGAAACUCUCAAGUACCCUUUUGGUAGUGGCCCUGGUUGUGGUGACCCUCGCUUCCAACCACAUGUGACAUGUAGCCAACAAAAGCUCACCUUCACCACUCACACAGGUUCCUACCCUGUUACAUCAGUUGACUAUACCAACCAAGUCAUAUACAUCUCAGAUCCCACUAUGUCAACAUGCUCUUGCACUGUCCCUAGUAAAGGCUUUGGCUUAAAUUGGGAUGCCCCUUUUACUUUUACUGAUAGCACCAUCUUUGCUCUAGUAGACUGUGCAAUGAACUCAUCAUCCAUAUGCCAAUCAAAUGGCUACGAUGAUGGAAGCAACUCUAAGCUUCUAUGUGACCAAGGGACACCAAUUUGCAGUCUUCUAUAUUCAUGCAGGCCUAUUAGUACCAUCAACAUCCCAAUCUCAACAUGCUGCGUUUACACACCAGUUAAUCUAGGACCAUCCUUUGAAAUGGAUCUGCAGAAGCUGCAAUGCCCUUCAUACACGGGGUUUUACAAUUUCAAUGAUCAACAAUCGGAUCCUGAAAAGUGGAACUAUGGAAUAGCACUCAAGUACAAGUUCAGUGUCACAAAUGACUAUCCUGGCUCAUGUGAUGCUUGUGAAAGGAGCCAUGGAGUGUGUGGAUAUAAUGUUGCCUUUAACUCAUUUAUCUGCAACUGUCCUAAUGGGAUUAACACAACAACGGAUUGUUACUUCAUAUCAUCUUUUAAUAAUGGUUUUAAAAAUGGGGUUGCUUGGUUGAUCUAUCCUGCGGCAUGGUCUCUCGUUUGGUUCUUCUUGUAG